UCCAGGGCCAGGUUUUGUAGCAUGCCUAUAUUGCCAUUGCCUAUCGCAACGCAAGAUGAACUAGUGGGAACAGAAACACUAUGGCUGCCAGUCUCUCCCUGACUCAGCUUUCAAGUGGAAAUCCUGUCUAUGAGAAAUACUAUCGACAGGUAGAUCCAUCCAGCAGUGGACGUGUAGCAGCUGGUGAUGCAGCCUUAUUUUUAAAGACGUCUGGCCUUGCCGAUCUCGUCCUUGGCAAGAUAUGGGAUUUAGCAGAUUCAGAACGCCAAGGCUCACUUAACAAGCAGCAAUUUUAUGUAGCUCUUCGUUUGGUGGCGUGUGCUCAGAAUGGAUUGGAAGUGUCUCUCAAAAGCCUCAAUGCUGCUGUGCCUCCCCCAAAAUUUCAUGACACUAGCAGUCCUCUUCAGUUUGGACAUGUGCCCAUUGACUGCCCAUGGAUAGUCAAGCCAGAGGAGAAGCUGAAAUUCGACGCCAUCUUUGACAGCCUCUCUCCGGUGGGUGGCAUGCUCACGGGUGAUAAGGUCAAACCAGUGCUCCUCAAUUCAAAGCUCCCUGUGGACGUUCUUGGCAGGGUUUGGGAGCUCAGUGACAUUGACAGAGAUGGAAUGCUGGACAGAGAUGAGUUUGCUGUGGCCAUGUAUUUAGUAUACAGAGCCCUGGAGUCUGAGGUGGUUCCCAUGACUUUGCCUGCCGGUCUAGUUCCACCGUCAAAAAGAAGAAAAAUGACUCCGCCCCCUGUGUUGCCCCUCCUACCGUCACCUGCACAACAUAAAGAAAGGAGCCGCACCCACUCUGGCUCCAAAACACUUCCGGCGAAACCCGCACCACCACAGUGGGUGGUAUCACCAGUAGAUAAAGCCAAAUAUGAUGAGUUAUUCACCAAGACAGACAGUGACAUGGAUGGUUUGGUAUCAGGUGCUGAGGUCCGAGAUAUAUUUUUGAAGACUGGUUUACCAUCUGCCACCUUGGCACGCAUUUGGGAACUUUGUGAUAUAGGUGACAUUGGAAAAUUGACCAAAGAACAGUUUGCAUUGGCCCUCUAUCUAAUUAAUCAGAAGCUCUCAAAGGGAAUAGACCCACCCCAGACACUCUCUCCCGAAAUGAUUCCUCCUUCUGAUAAGCUUGCACGACAGCAGAACAUUGCCUUAUCUGUUCAGGCUGCAGAUUUCUCAGCUAUUAAAGAGUUGGACUCGCUCACUAAUGAAAUCAUGGAUAUACAGAGGGAGAAGAGUACAGUGGAACAGGAAAUCAAGGACCAAGAAGAAACUAUAAGACAGAGGACAACCGAAGUCCAGGACCUUCAGGAGGAGGUGCAGAAGGGCUCAGAUGAGCUGGGUCGUCUGCAGGCAGAAAGACAGGAGGUGCAGGAGAAGGUUGAGAGGCUGGAUGAGCAGAAACGAUCUCUGGAGGAGCAACUCGCACUCAUACAGCAGCAGUGCAGCCAGGAGAGCCAACUGAUCCAGUCACUGCAGGUGGAGCACUCGGAGCAGGAGCAGAGAAUUGGUGAUUAUGAGGAGGAGCUGUCCAGGGCCCGGGAGGAGUUGCUCCGUCUGCAGGAUGAGACGCGCUGCCUGGAAGAGAAGGUUCAAGCUGCUCGUGCUCAACUCUGCCCUCUAGAGGACGCUGUUAAGGAAUCUCACACACACAUUGCUGAGGAACAGGAGCGGUUGGCUGAACUGAAUGAAGAGCAGCGAGAAGUGACAGCCCGGCUUACCUGGAGAGUCCUGGAGGAGCCUGUGCUUGUCAAUGGAAUGGCGCCCUCAUCUGAGCACCCAGAGCAACUGCAGUGGCCUCAACCCACAACAUCUCCACCUGAGAAACCCAAGGAGAACAAAAGCCAGAAUGAAGAGACGUCCACAGACGAGAUGCAGGAGCUCAGAGUUACAGGGGAGCAGCCCGCAUCCAAAGCAGAGGUGUCCGUCAGCCCAGAGGAGCAGGAGCCUAAAACUGACCUUUACUCCAGCGACCUUUUCUCAUCUGUCAGUUCCAGUUUUUCUGCCUGGCGUAAGGGUAAUAUGGAAAUUUAUGCAGGUCCAGCUGACACAGAGCUGGAGGGGGAGGUAGAAGAGGAGAAAGAAAAGGCGGAGGAGCAGCCUGCAACCAGCACACCAAAGGCUGAAACUGUGGAGCUUGAGAUAAAGGAAGCCUCUCACCCGAUUUCAGUCACCCCCACUAACCUGCCCACUGGUCCUGCCAUUGACUUUUUCCAGUCUGACCCAUUUAAAGACAGUGACCCAUUCACUGAUGACCCUUUCUCAAAGGUCAUCCCUGAUCCAUUUGGCGGCGACCCAUUUAAAGGCACAGACCCAUUUGCGGCAGACAACUUCUUUAAACAGUCAUCUAGUUUCCCAUCAGCAGACCCUUUCAGCUCUUCGGAUCUCUUUAGCACCACCACAGGCCCAAAAGAAGCCGAUCCAUUCUCAUCUAAGACCAGCAAUGCAGUCCCUCCAGAUCCAUUCUCUUCUAACAGUAGUAACAUCCCAGACGCAGAUCCGUUCGGAUCCAAAAUGGAUUCGAUGGCAGACUCCGAUCCCUUUAGCUCGACUGGCACAGGGCAUGACCCGUUCGGAGGGCCCGAAAUUCCUGCAAGAGAUGGGCCAGCAGCGACCAAUGAUCCAUUUGCUCCAGGAGGAACUACAGUGACCACUAACUCAGACCCGGAUCGAUUUGCUGCCGUAUUUGGCAAUGAGACAUUUGUGGGAGGAUUUGCAGACUUUAGCAGUUUAGCAAAGUCUAACGGUGAUCCAUUCGACUCGAGUACAAACAUAAAUGUAUUUAAGGAGAACACGCAAUCGGAUAUUCCUCCAGCAUUACCACCCAAAACGGGAACGCCCACCAGACCUCCCCCUCCACCCCCAGGUAAGCGGUCCAACAUCCAGAGAUCGGAGUCAUCCGAGUCAUUUCAGAGGCGUGGUCUGUUCAAGGCACAGGGUUCUGGAGAGUUCUCCUCCCUUCCAGCUAAAGACUCGGUAUCAGACCCUUUCGCCCCUUCCUCGCCCAACCAAGCCCCGUGUGACCCCGCCCGAUUCGCCAGCUUUGACAAAUACCCCACGGAGGAGGACAUGAUAGAGUGGGCGAAACGGGAGAGUGAGAGAGAGGAGAGGGAGCGUGUGGCUCGUCUGACCCAGCAGGAGCAGGAGGAUCUGGAGCUGGCCAUAGCCCUUAGUAAGUCGGAACUGUCCUGACCCAAACUGGGUUACGGCACUAACAGCACCCCGUCACAUCGAGGAGGAGAGGAAGAAGAUCUUUAACCACAUUUACUAGCAGGAUCCUUGGUUUUACCUUAAACCACAUGAUGCUCCUUCUGUGUGUCGAUUGAGUUCUCCUAGUUUGCUGGGAAAGUGAAAAGUAGAUGGUAACAGACUAAUUGCGGCCUUAUCCGCUGGAAACCUCCGAUGUGAUGCCCGUACUUUUAAAUAACCUCAAAUCAAGAUAACUCUCUUGAAAAGUGGAUGCAACUAAGACCCGUGCAAAUUCAGGUGUUUCUAAGCAAAUGUAUCCCAAUGAUUCUGAAGUAGUUUUAAUAUAAUUGUUAUAAAUGUACCAAUAUAGCCUAUAUACUUCACCUGUGACAUUCAGAUGGGGACAGGUUAAAGAAAUCCAUUACAAACAUACUCAAGGUGUUAGGUUUGCUCUCAUCCUCUUUUGAAUAAUAUUUACAGAUUUGUUUAACGUUUACAAGUAACCAAACUGGGCAGCUUCAUCCACCUUUCAAAGUUUCAGCAAUGCUUCUCUGACAUGAGAGGUUUAUUGUGGGCAUCCCUGUCCGGUCUCAUGAUCAAAUCCAUCCCACAAGCUUAAAAGCCUCAGAUCUGCAACCUGUACAUGAGGUGCUUGUGUAGUACUCCAUUGUGACAAAAUCAUCUUUCUUAAACCGUUAAUGGAGAUACUUUUUGGAGAGAACGUUGAUGAAAUUUUGCAAGGAACUGCAUAACCACCAUUGACUCCAAGUUUGAUCUCUGUGUUCGUAUACAGUACAGCAUUUAUACUUUGUGACUGCUUAAAAAAAUCACUUUGAAAAAUUACAGAUUCUGUUAUAAAUAAUGAACAUGUACAUAUUGUGAAUUUGUUUGCCUUGUACUACAGUUUAUACAUAUCCUAAAUCAUAUUGUAUUUUAUCAGUGUCGUAAUGCAGUUUGCUUUAUACUUCAAAAAACAAAAUGGCCUGUCGUCUCAUGUUGACAAAAUGCCGAAGCAAUAGGAUAAAAGAUUAUUUAGGAGUAUACUCUCUUAAAAAAUAGAGCAAAUUGCUGUUAUCUAAACACCAGACAGUGAUGUCUAAAGUUAAGUAUACAUAUAAAUAUAAACCUUGAGCCAUAUUUAAGCAGGCUUUAAAAGUGCCUAACCAUUCUGCCUUUCCUUUAUUUUAAGCAAGGAAAGAGAAAAACUGCUUGAUGAAUAAUUGGUUUCAAUGUUUCAGUGUUCACAGUGUCAUUUUAAAUCCAUAUGGGGCUCACUGUUUUAUAUACACACACACAUUGGUAUAAGAUUAUAUAUAGAGCUAUAUACUAUAGUAACUUAAUUUGCUACAUCAUAACCAUUUCAGUAGUCUAUACUGUAUGUAGUUUCACCAGUAGGUGGAUCCACUUAAACACGACACUCCAUUUGCCUGAAAUACAAGAAUCUGCUCCCCAUGUCCAGCCUCGUGGGCAUUGUCAUUGGCUAGUUUCUGUUCCCUGUUUGUACAAUAGAUUUCUUUUGUGAAAGUUUGCUUUCUCACAGCCUUUAUAUAUGAAAGCAUUUGACAGCAGGUUGGGAAUAUGGACUGGACAGAAAAUCUCUUUCUUUUGCAAAUGCUUUCAGAUGUUUUCAGUAUUGCCCUCUGACAUCAUUAUGCUUUGGUUUAAGGACACUAGUUUGCAUUUGGGCACAAAGAUAUGUGGUAAAAGAGCACAGCAGAUAGAAACAAGUAGCCAGUAUCAUGUAGUUACAUAAAAAUAAUUCGUAUUUGGAGCAUUAUUGUCAGUCUACAGCAUUACAAAAUACCUGUUUGCACUUCUCAUUUCAAACCCAAUACUUAUGUUCUGUUUAUGUAUGCUGCUUUCUUAUUUUUAUCUGUCCUGCUUAUAUCCUCUUAUGCUCUAUUGAUGAUCAUAUAUGUAUGUAUGUAUGUAUGUAUGUAUAUGAAUGUAUAUGCUUUGUGUGCCUCUAAAGGAAAACCACUUAUAUAUGUUGACCACUGACUGCCUCUUAAGAACGGGCUAAUUGUAUUUUAUUUUUUUAACUUUCCCUAUUGGAGGCAAUUGUUUAAUAUGUUCAGUAACAUGUAAUUAAAAUGAACAAAAAUAAAUAUUAAACUAUUAA